GCAUUCGGGUUUAUGCAGUUCGGCCAGGUGUAGUGUCUAUCGAUUUAUAAAAUAAGAAGUUUGUCAGAAGAAAGUUAAAAUCUGUUCAAAUAUGCCUCUCGAUUAUCAACCUGGCGUUUUUCUGCCUACUCCUUACGGUGGUGGUGGUACUAGAGGACAUCCUUCAUUUAAAUCGGGUCAAGGUGCAUUCAAAUGGGAUGAUAUGCCCGAAUUCGCCAUGGAGGAUAAUCCAGGCGGUGACGUACCAUUUUUUGGACAACCAUCUCCAAAGGAACUACCGUCUUUUAAAGGCUAUGAGGACGUUGGUGGAUUCGGUCAAGAGUUCCCUCUUAGUCCACCGCAACAAGAUUAUAAAUUAAGUCACUCGGAACCGGAAACUGUAAAUUUUGAGAAUGAAUCUAAAAUUUCAGAGAAGGAGUGUAAGCAAUUAUUAUACGAAUUUGCAUCGGAGCACACUUGCUAUGGCAAAGGAUUUAUUGAGAAAAUAGAUUUUGAGAAAAUUCUAAACACGAGCGCCUUGCAUUAUACCCUAGAAAGUUGUACAGAAUCUAGGUCUAUCGGCUAUAUCUACAAUCCUUAUCGGGGUGAAGAUAUAAAAGAUGAGAAAUUAGGCCAAGUGCCCGAUCCUUGGAGUAUCGAAUGCUCUCCUGACGAAUAUUUUACUAAUGAGAACAAGAAAAUUAUUGUACCGUUCACCGAUUCAAUUCAAAUAUGCUACGGAUGCAUUGGUAAAGGCUUUGUAAAGUGUUUAAGAUGUGCUGGUAAGGGCCAUGUAAUUUGCGGUAGCUGUGGAGGAAGUGGAAGAACUAAAAGAUAUAGUUCAGAUCCCCAUAAGCAAGUUACUGAUAGAUGUACGAAAUGUAGCGGCAGUGGAAAUACAGGAUGUCUAAAGUGCAGUGCAGAAGGAAGAACAACUUGUGGUAUUUGCAACGGCUACAGGCAAAUAAAAUGCAAUAUUCAGUUAAAUGUCAAAUUUCAAAGACGAAAAUCUCAUUAUAUUAUUGAUAACAGUGAUUUACCUAAUAAACUUGUAAAAGGCGCUAAAGGCAUCGUCAUAUUUCAACAAACUUUACCUAUGGUAUGCCCUGUUUCUAAUUACCCUCUGGAGGAAAUCAAAGUUAACUCGAGGAAGUUAGUUGAUGAGCAUCUGGAAAAUUUUAAGAACGAGAGAAUAAUUCAACAGGUAUAAUAGAUUUAAAAAGUUAAGAUCUGGGUGAGAAGAGAAGAAUCUCUGAUAUUCAUCAAUUAUUUUCUUUUUAGAGGUUUAAAAUCGUAGUUUAGAGUGUAUUUUUUAAAAUUAAUGGUAGUUUUUAAAUAGAUAAGAGACAUUCUAUGUCUUUUCUUAUCUAUUUUGACAGAAAG